GCGUGGAGGAAAACUGAGCACAGAGCUGACAGAGGAAACCCGAAACUGUAGAGGGAAAAAAAUGACAGUUUGAGUUCAUUACUGUGGUUGGAAAAAAAAAAGAAAGAGAAAAAAAAGAGAAAACAGAAAAGACAAGGAAUGGAGAGUUGCACACUUCUACACUAGCUGUUCUGUGAUUGGCUGACGUACGGAUCAACAUGGCCCACCUCUUUCUUGCAAGUAAGCUCCCGAUGGACGACCCCCACAGCCGAGGCGGCGGCAGGAUCCCCAAGAGCGCCAUGAAAAUCCCAACAUCCAUCUCCGCUGAGAAGGCGAGCCGGGACAAGCUCAGGAAGGAGCACAGCGUCGUCAUGACAACGCACGUCCCGCACAUCAACGAGGUCCAGCUGACCGCGGCAACCGGCGGCGCCGAGAUGUCCUGCUACCGCUGCACCGUGCCGUUCGGCGUGGUCGUCCUAAUCGCCGGCAUCGUGGUGACGGCGGUGGCGUACACCUUCAACUCCCACGGCUCCACCAUCUCGGUGCUGGGACUGGUGCUGCUGUCUGCUGGACUGGGCCUGCUGGGCUCCAGCGCCAUCUGCUGGAGGGUCCGACUGAGGAAGAAGAAGGACAAGCGGAGGGAGAGCCAGACCGCCCUGCUGGCCAGUCAGGGGUACUGCGUGGCCUGA